CGCAAGUCUAGCGUGAACGCCCACCUUCUAAAACCGUCGAAACUGCUGCAAAACAUCUUCCCGAGCAACAUAAAAUCUUCGGGAUGAUUGGAGAAUUCGACGACGACGACACGCAUUACUGCCUCAAAUGUCACGUGACCAUAAUCGGUUUGGAGAACUACGUGGCCCACAGGAAGGCUGGUUGUUCCAAAACGGCCCAAACUCCAACUCAACUGUUGACACCGGACGAGUCUUUCGGACUAAAGGCAGACGACUUCUUCUCGUCUCUCGAGCUACAGAGUAGUUCGAAGAAAACUCCCGCCCCUUCAACUUCGGGCAAGUCGUUCAGCGGUAUUCUGACCAGAAGCAAGACCACUGCGGUCAUACAAAAUAAGGACGUGGUCGACCCGUCGCAAAGCAAGUCCGGCAAAAACGUGUGGAUCGGAGGCCAAGAACUGAAACUGGGCUACGGCGACAACCAAACGAAACUGAUAAAAGCCGUCGAAAACAUCGAGCGUCGCAAAGAGGAACCGCCCAAAAUUGACAGCUUCGUUGAAUCCGACGAAGACGAAUCGGUCGACUACGAUUUUGAAGAUGACGAAUCGUCGGACGAGGAUCACGAAUUCCCUCCGAGACAUCACACGGGCGGCAAGUGGAAGCCUUCUUCGCCGGUUCAAUGGAAUCGCGAUUGGAACUCUCCUCCCCCCCAUCACACGGGAGGAAAAUGGAAACCGAAGAGGACGAAUUCGCCGCCUCCAACUCAUACCAAAGGUAAAUGGAAGCCGGACAAAUACGACGUUGAUGACAUGCCGCCUCCGACAUUCACCGGCAGCAAAUGGGUACCUUCCAAGAAACAAGACUUAACCGUCACAUCCCCUUUUACCAAAGGAAAAUGGAAAUCGAAAUGUUUCGAGGAAGACGAACGUGAGUAUCCCCCUCCGGAACACACGAAGGGUAAAUGGAAACCGGACGACUUGUUGUGUAAAGAAAAGGCGAAACCGAAGGAAAAGAAAACGAACCCCGGACCCAGUCCGAGUUACACCAAAGGUAAAUGGUUGCCGGGACACGAUCCGAAGAAAACUGGUGUAAAAAUUUCUGAAAAUUCCAUGUUUCGAAAGUCCAGCGGGACGGUGCAGUACUGGUGUAGACCGUGCAACAGGAGACUGGCUUCUAAAGUGGUGUACGAGAGACACGUAAAAUCGGAACUCCACUUUAAAAGAACCUUGCAUGACAACGAAUUCGACGACGCCGAAAACUUGGAAACGGUCAAAGAAAAACGUAAGAAAAAGAGACCUACGUCAGAGACGAACAAACCAACAAGUUUGGCGACCAAGAAAAAACGUAAGCGAAAGAAAAUUUUUGAAAAAUGCGCAGUUUGCAAAGCCAAAGUUAACAAGUACAUGAUUGGGAAACACAUGAUAUCACAUUAUCAUUGUCGCAAAGGCGAUCUGAGCUCUGAGGAAUCGAAGAAUAUGAUUUUGGAACACACGUUAGAAAUAGUUUUGGAAUGCCCCUAUCAAUGUGGAAUGUGCAAAUUCUAUUGCAACACCCACGAAUACUUCCUCCAACAUUGGCUCUCAGAUUUCCAUAUGGAAAAAGAUCAGGACUUGAACGGGUAUUACUUCUGUUCUUUUUGCAAGUUCAAAUCCACCGACUCCGAUCUGAUGUAUGCACACUUGAUUUCUGAUGAGCACGGUGAAGUCAUAUCGGUCAUAAAUCGGUCCGUUCCAAUUGUCAUUAGGAAAAUCAAACCGGUCAAGUGUGGAGCGUGUAAUCGGGACUUUUUGUUCAACAUGCAACUAAUCAAACAUUGCGAAAAGUUUAAACACACUUCCAACAACAUCGAGAUGUACAAAAACAACUUUAUUUGUUGCGGCCACGCUUUCGCUUCCAAUAUUGCACUGUUCAGACACAAAAGAGCUGUGCACAAGCAGAAAUUCUUCGUGUGCAACAUUUGCAACAUUCCAUUUGACACCCUGGAACAAGCCAAAAAACAUCGAAGGACACCUUCACAUCGAUAUGCGAAGAGCAGAGGUGACAAAAGCUAUCAGAGGAAAUGUACGGAUUGUGAUGAGGUCUUCGAGAAUAUUAUCAAAUUGAAGGAGCACAUCAAUCAGCAGCAUCCAGAGCAAAAGAUAGCUUGUCCACAUUGCGGUAAAUCAUUUUCCGUGCCUCAAGAUUUAACAACACACUUGAGACUAAAAUCGUGCAAAUUCGAAGAAGACGCAAAGAAAACCUACACCUGUGACAAUUGUCCUUAUUCUUCGAACUCGGAGGCCGAAUUAUUGUACCACAAAGUGCACCACGACGAACCGUUGAUAGUGGAACACAAGGACCCGUCCAAAAGGCCGGUGAUCCAAUAUCGAUGUCCUUUAUGCGAGAUCCUGUUCCCAAAGUCCUCUCUGUUGGGCCACAUCAGGAAACACACGUCGGAGAGACCGUUCACCUGUAAGAUUUGCCCCAUGGCUUUCUUGAGACGCAGCAACCUCAAUUCUCACAUGAAGGUGCACGAAAAACACGACGAACUGGACAAAGGGCCGCAAGGUCCCAUGAUUAAAAAGGAGUCGUUGAAGCCUUUGAAAGCUAAGGAUGCGUCGUCGAAGGACAGGCCCUAUUUGUGCUCGACUUGUGGUGCCAAUUUUACCAAAAGGUCGAUUCUUCAGCAGCACAUGAUGAUCCACACGGGCAAACAGUGCAAGUGCACCUUCCCCGGUUGCAUCUACACCGCGAGGAAGGAGAGCGAAAUAAAGAUACAUUUCCUCACGCAUUCCGACGCGAAAGAGUUCGCCUGCAGCGAAUGCGAGUACAGAGGCAAGUCCAGAACCACCCUCAACAGACACAUGAGGAUUCAUUCGGGGGAGAAGAAGUUCCACUGCCCCCAAUGUCCCUUCUCCACCAGAGUGUCCACCCAUCUAAAGCGACACGUGAGGACGCACACGGGAGCCAAACCCUUCAUCUGUCCCCAUUGCGACUUCAAGUGCAACUCACUCGAUAAUUUACGUAAACACGUACUGUCUACAAACAAACAUCCGGGCAAAUGCAUAUACGAGUGCAAGCUCUGCACAGACAAUCAUUUCCAGAGCAACUUUGCGAAAGAAUUUAAGGCCCAUUUGGUCACAGUACAUCCAGAAAUGUUCGGGAAUGGGACGCAGGCUACGAGCUAUGUCGCCGGAAUAUACGACGUGCACGACGAUUCGGCCAACGUGAACGACGCCGCGAUGGUGCUGGACGGGCCUGAUGGACCUGACGAGAGCGACCACAGAGAAGAAACCAUCCUGAAACUAACCGACGACCCGAUUGUGGCACAAAUCACCACCAACAACUCCAUAACCAUAACCAACGUCAGAGACAUGGAUGAAAUUCUGCCGUUGUACGUCAUACCGAGGGACGAAAUUGUUUUCGUCGAAAAUCACGGCGACACGUGGAAUUUAGUCAGCGGCGUCGACGAAGAAUCCGCCACUCUCGUCACGUUCCAGACUGACGAAACUGACGCUCUCUUCGGAGACCACUUUAAUUAAUCGUUUUAAUUGCAAUUAACAUGUAAUCUUUACUGUCAAACAAACAUAAGUAUAUGUGUGUGUGUGUAUAAUAAGUA